AUGUCCAACAAGUCCUUGGUGUCGGCCGAUGACCAGCUGGACAAGACUCAAGGUAACGCGGUGACGCCGAACAGCGCCGACGUUAUAACACAAAGAACGUCUGGUCAUAACGAGAAGACUCGAAAUCGAUGUGUCCUUCGUAACCCCUACGUCGUUGUCGCCGGAUCGAUGCUACGCGAUUCCUUUUUCUCAACGUUUCUGUAUGGCAGCCAACACUGA